GACUUAUGGCGACCCUAUGAAUCAGUGACCUCCGAGAGCAUCUGUCAUGAGCCACCCUGUUCAGAUCUUGUAAGGGUCUCCAGGUAGAGCGGGGGAAAGGCUUCUAUUUGAAUCCCGACAGGGAAGGCAGUACUGAGCAGGAUGGAGCAUUGGGCUUGAUUCACUGUAAGGGAGCGUCCUAAGUUCCCGAACUGGUGGGAUUCGCUCUGCCUUUCGGUUGUUGCGCCUCUCCCUCUCCCACUCAUUUGGGGCGUGGGACGCGUCUGGGACUCAGCCCUCCUUGCGUCUCCGACGGCGGCUGGCGUGCCUGGAGCCGGCCACCAUUGUUACGCGCCUGCUCUCUCUAGUUCCGUUGCUAUAGGAGCUCUUAGCUAACAAUCUCCGCUUCCCCUUGAGUUCCCCGGGCUGCGUGACACGGUGGUUCUUGCUGCUGCCGCUGCUGCCCGCCCAGGACCAGUUCCCGCUCUCUUGCCAUCAGCCCACCACGGAGCGGGGAGAGUCAUGCCCUUCUGCGAGUCGGCUGGGCAGCGGCUCUCAACUGGUUCCCUCCCGCUCGCCUGGCGCGUCAGCAGAGCUUGCAGGAACCAUCUGUAUGGGAAGAUCCUUCGUUCAGUUGGCUGAGAAUGUCUUUGGCUGACAAAAGGCUUGAAAACCUACAGAUCUAUAAAGUCCUCCAGUGUGUUCGUCAGAAGGACAAGAAGCAGAUAGAGAAGCUCACCAAACUCGGAUAUCCUGAACUCAUCAAUUUCACCGAGCCCAUCAAUGGAGACAGUGCCCUUCACUUGGCCUGCGUUGCUAAUGACAUUGACAUGUGUAACUUUCUGUUGGAGAUUGGAGCUCACCCGGAUGUCCAGGAUCGAAUGGGCCGCACCCCCGUGAUGAUAGCCGCUGAGCUUGGCCAUGACUUAGCCUUGGAUGUAUUAGUCCAGGCUGAGGCAAACAUGACAAUUGUUGAUGCCGAAGGAAAAGGUGUUCUGUUUUACUGCAUUCUACCCACCAAGCGGCACUUCCGAUGUGUUCAGAUGGUCCUGGAAUUUGGGGCGGAUGUUAACAACUGCACUAUAGAGGGGAAGCCAGUUUUCCUACAAGCCUGUGAGCAAGCACAUGAGAUCAAAGACAUGUGCAUGAAAUUUUUGGAAAGAGGAGCAGACCCUAACGCGACAAACCCAGCUACAGGCCGCACUGCCCUGAUGGAAGCAGCCAGAGAAGGGGUGCUGGAUGUGGUCCGUGGUAUCCUUGAGAGAGGUGGAGAUGUUAAUGUUUUUGACAAUGAAAGACACCAUGCUGCCCAUUUUGCUGCCAAAGGAGGGUUUUUUGAGAUCCUGAAGAUUAUUUCUGCUUAUGACGGAGAUGUGGGCCUGAUAGCUAUGAAUGGAAAUACGCCACUUCAUUAUGCUGCUUCUGGGGGUUUUGCGGAGUGUUGCAGAUUUAUAGGUCAAAGAGGCUGUGAUCCUACAUGGAAGAAUCUAGAGAAAAAGACCCCAAGACAGGUCGCUAAAGACGGUGGAUUCAAAGCAGCCAUGAAGGAGAUUCGUAAGAUUGAGCGGCGCUUUGCCAAAUUUUACAAACCCAAACCUGGGGUGAAGAACCCUAACCCACCCUGGGCUAUUCGGCUGCAUGAUUGGUCUGUAGAACAUCAGGCGAGUCUUCGUGAAGUAUUUGAGUCAGUGGAUCGAGGUGACGGGACUGUGAGCAAAGAGGAUUUUCUGUCCAUCAUUGAGGAGAAGUGUUCAUUUGUGGAUCCCGAACAAUUACCGAUAAUUGUUCAGGCUCACGAGAAAACACGCACAGGAGGGAUUAACACUGAGGAAUUCCUUAAGGGCAACCGGUACUUGCAGAAAGCCUUCCUCCUUUCAUCUUAUGGUCCCAAGAAGAAAAAGGGCAAGAAAGGGAAAGGCAAGAAAGGCAAGUUUGCCAUCCCAAUGCCGAUCUGUGUGAUUCCAGAGAGCUCAUGCCCGCGGCGCUCAGAUGGCGGCCCACCCGAGUACAUGAUUGAAACCUAUCAGAACGUCACUGACUGCAGCCGCUUCAAUCGGGACCACCCGCCUGAGCAUCCCAUUCAGGACGAUUCCUGGUGGUACAUUGAUGACCCACUGAAGACCUUUUCCAACAUCAACUACCUCGCUAAAGAAGGAGACCUUUCGUCCCUGAAAAAGGCCUUUGAGGCGGGGGUGCCAGUGGAUGUGCGAGACCAUUUCUACAAAACUCCCUUGAUGGCUGCCUGCGCAAGUGGCAACAUUGAAGUGGUGAAGUUCCUCCUAGAAAGGGGGGCUAAUGUGAAUGCAACAGACAAUUUCAUGUGGACUCCUCUCCACCACGCAUGCCAUGCAGGUCAGCAGGAUAUUGCUGAACUGCUUGUUAGUUCUGGAGCAACAGUAGAUGCUAUUUCAAUCAACGAUGGAACCCCAUUAAUGAGAGGGAUUGAGAGUUGUCGGCUGGACACUGUGCAGUAUUUAAUCAACACUGGUGCUAAGCCUCAGAUGGAAAACAGAAGAGGACAAAAUGCUCUGGAGGUUGCAAAGGCUUAUGCUGACACCCGGCUGGUCCACUUCAUUCAAGACACGCUGGACCGCCUGCCAAAACCACUGGAAAGCAAAGGGGACAAGCAAAAGGGGAAGAAGGGGACCAAGCCUAAGGCAGCAGGACCAGCAGCACCUGCUGCCCCCAAGGCGAAGUCUGCAGAGCCGGAAUCGAAAGAGUCUGUGAAAGACGAGAUUCCACAGCCACUUGAACCAGCUGUUGAGAAAUCUCUGUUUGAAGAGAAGAAAGAAUCCCUCAAGGAUAAUGUCGUCCAUUUGAAUUCACUGAUAACCAGAGGAGCUACAAGGAAACUUAAUAUCACUUUCACACCACAGAGAAACUGGAAUCCAGAAGCAACGACAAAAGAUCUUCUAAAGAAGAGGGAGUUGCGUCGGCAGCGUUUUACUUAUGAGGUGGACUUUGACGACUUCAUGAUGCCUUUUAAGAGGAAUUUUAUGGAGAAAAUCCGUGCGUUGGAUCAGGCUGCUGCCUUACAUUAAUCACUGUGCAAUUUCUGCAUGGAUGUUCAGGAAGGAAAGAAACCAGUUCUAAGGAGGGCGGAAUCAUGUUGCCUCAAACUGUGAUACAAAUGUUCCUUUGUUCUUAGUUACCUAAUUCCAUUACGGUGCAUGCUUGACGUUUUCAGUGGGGAGGGCCGCUGUGCCUUGCUGAAUUUUUGGCAAUGGAUCAAUUUUUUCCCCUUUUAGCAACAAGUUGGAAGAUUAACGUAUGUUGCAGAAAAUUUGCAGUGCAGUUACCCCACUGCAUUACAGUUGGCUUUUUAUUACCCUCUCCCAGUCAACCAGAUCUUAAUCCAUUGCAUUGCUUAUGAAAUAGACUCUGUCCUGGUAUAGAAACUUGAAACCAAUUAUUUCCAGGUGCUAUAAAUAUCCAUUGUACUGAGCAGUGUGGCUGAUACUUUUUAAAACUAGGGCAGCUCUAGGAUUUGUGCAAGUCCAUGGAAUAUUCCCUUGAGAAGAAUGUCCUGAUGCUAACAAUGAUGUGUAGGUCUUUUCUUAUUCCCAUGUGGGCGUGUUGAAGGUGGGAAGGUGCUUGGCUGAAAGGUAAUGCGGACAUGAUGCAGAAAAGUGAUUUGGAACUUUCUAGCUUUGGCU